UACGCGCGUCAUCAUGCCCAUAGGUUCACAGAAAGCUCUAAAGCCAAAGCCUCCAGACAAAGGCAGUUUUCCUCUGGACCACGAUGGUACGCUGGUAGAGCCGUAAUGCUUCUAUUGAACCACUCGAGACCUAUCAUUGGCCUCUCUUUGGGCACAGGAGAGUGCAGGGAUCACAUGAUGAAGUUCUUGUCGUGUCUGAAGGAGAAGGGUAGUGACAACAGCCUGUGUCGAGACGAGUCCAGAGCAUACCUCCAGUGUAGAAUGGAUAGAGACUUAAUGACAAAGGAAGACUUCCGGAAACUGGGGUACAAGGAGCCAGACGAGAUUAACUUGAGAUAGCACCAAUGCAUCAAUUAUAUAGCGUAGAAAAAAAAAGUCAGAAAUAAUUACAGCAAAUUCAUCAGGGGCAUAAAUGAGAGAAACGUGUGCGUUAGUGGUGAGUGGUAAUGUCCUCUGCUGCAAACGGCGUGUACUUGCUACCACCUCCGGGAGCGAAAUGGCUCGGGGUCCCUGUCAUAAUAGCUGCUGCUGAAGAGAGGGAGAAAGUUGGACCAUUAUGGCUUUUGUAGUCUAAAGGUUGUUGUGAAUGCACAUGCAUAGUGACACAGGUAUAUAAUUGAAACCUUUUGCUACGCUAAUGAUUCUACACAACCAGUCCUGCAGUAU